UUCCUCACACAUUUCGAAAAUGUUGACCGCUCACGCGCCAACAUUCUCGAAAUGGAUAAGACCGCUCCUCCUCGGUUUCUCUUCUCAAUCUCUUAGCAUCUCUUCGCCGAUUCCGGCCGCGAGAUUUGUCUACUUCCAUUCUCGACGAAAUUCGGUUCACAAAGUAACAAACAUGGCCGGAGCUGUUGAAAUUGCCGGCGAUUCAUCGCCGUCGGAUCAUGUCGUGGGGAAGUGGUUCUCGGUGCCGGAUCUCCGGGUUCGUGAUCAUCGCUUCGCUGUCCCCCUCGAUUACUCUUCUUUUGACAGAACUGCUCCAAAGAUAUCGGUUUUCGCUCGUGAAGUCGUCGCUGUCGGAAAGGAAGAGCAGCCACUACCUUACCUAUUAUACCUGCAAGGUGGACCUGGUUUUGAAUGCCCACGACCAACCGAAGCAAGUGGAUGGAUAAAUAAAGCAUGUGAAGAAUUUCGAGUUGUUUUGAUGGAUCAGCGAGGAACAGGUUUAUCCACCCCUUUGACAGCAUCAUCUAUGCUACAACUGAAGUCUGCAAAGAAAUUGGCUGACUACUUGAAACAUUUUCGAGCUGACAGUAUUGUAAAUGACGCGGAAUUUAUUCGAGUUCAUCUUGUUCCUAAUGCUGAACCCUGGACUAUUUUGGGUCAGAGCUACGGUGGAUUUUGUGCAGUUACCUACUUGAGCUUUGCUCCGCAAGGACUGAAACAAGUCCUUAUAACUGGUGGGAUUCCUCCAAUAGGAAACAGGUGUACUGCAGAGGCUGUCUAUGCUGCAUGCAUUGACCAAGUUAUUCGUCAAAAUGAGAAGUACUACAAGAGGUUUCCUCAGGAUAUUGAAAUUGUUCGUGAGAUUGUAAAGUAUUUGGCAGAAUCAGAAGGAGGCGGGGUGCCUCUUCCAUCAGGGGGCAUACUAACCCCACGGGGACUGCAAGCUCUGGGUCUCUCUGGAUUGGGAGCCAGUGGGGGGUUUGAGCGCUUGCACUAUCUGUUUGAAAGAGUCUGGGAUCCCGUGUUAGUUCCGGGAGCACCGAAAUGUAUCAGUCUCUUCUUCUUGAAAGCUUUUGAGAAUUGGUUUUCUUUUGAUACAAACCCCCUCUACGCUCUUCUGCACGAGUCCAUAUACUGUCAGGGAGCUUCAUCACGAUGGGCUGCUCACAGAAUAAGAAGUAACGAGGAGAAUAAGUUUGAUGCAGUCAAGGCUGCUAAAGAAGGACGGCCGGUACUUUUCACAGGAGAGAUGAUAUUCCCAUGGAUGUUUGAUGAGAUUCAUGCCUUGACACCUUUUAAAGAUGCCGCUCAUUUAUUAGCUGGGAAGGAGGAUUGGCCACCCUUGUAUGACAUUACCAAACUGAAAAAUAACAACGUACCUGUUGCUGCUUCAGUUUAUUUCGAAGAUAUGUAUGUUAACUUCAAGCUGACCAUGGAGACAGCUUCUCAGAUAGCCGGAAUCCGACUCUGGAUAACUAAUGAAUACAUGCAUUCCGGUCUUCGUGAUGCUGGGGGACUAGUCCUUGAUCAUUUACUAGGAAUGUUGAAUGGAAAAAAGCCCUUGUUCUGAUUCCAGUGCGUUCUCUUCCAGCACAUUUAUUUGUUCUGAUCAUUUAUUUUUUUAAGAAUGUCUUUGGGUUCAGUGAAUAAGCCGUAUCUUUGUGACAUCUCUUGAUCUGCUCGAAGUUUAGGGCGAGAGAUUGUAUAUAUAUAUAUAUAUAUAUGGUUAUCUUGGUUUGUGCCA